AUUGCCGUUAGAGACAGGUGCUUUUCUCCCCGGCUCCGCAUCAAGUUGAGGUGUGGACCUGCUGCCUCGACGAUUAGCAGGAGCGUCUCGGAGGGUUCUUCAACUAUUACUUGGUUCAGUAUUGAAUAAUGGAAAAGGCCCAGUAGUCUGUACACCCCAAAAUGUCACAAACACCAUCUACAGAAUUGAGUGGUAGUUACAGUGGCGGCGGCAGCAGCAGCAGCAGCAGCGCUGGAAAAACCAAGCCUUCAAAAGGCAGUCCAGGCAAAGCCUCCCCAUCAGCAGUGGCUUCUGCUAAGAAGUUGAAAGAUGCAAUCCAGAAAGGACGAACUGAAAAAAUUUCAGAUGAGACUGACUACAAAAUUGAAAGCAACCCUUUUAGAGUGCCCAGAAAUGUUGACUUCCUUUUGUUCAGAGAUAAGUCAAAAGAAAAGAUUCUUCUGGAAAAGAGGAUGCCCCUGAAAAUCCAUCAAAAGUUGACCUACACUUCCAGAAUGAACUCAAAGCAAUUAGAUUUCAAAAAAGAGAUGCAACGUGAGGAAGCGAAGGAAGAAAACGAGAUUGAAGAUGAAAGCCAAUGGCUCCAUGAGCUCCGAAAAAACAUCGGCCGGAGGGUCCCUGGAUAUGCAGGAAAACAUCCUGAUAGAGAGGGCAUUCACAGCUACAUAGACCAGGAGCGCCAGCUGUUUCUACUCGAGUUUGCACUGGAGGUAAAGAGAGGUGAGAUGCAGAAGCUGAACUUCUUGGUGGAAACAGAGGAAGAAAGGUUGGAUAAAAUGGAGAAGUACCUGGAGAAAGAUGCAGCCCUGUUUGAUGAGUUCCUGAAAGAGAAUGACCGCAGCUCCGUGCAGGCCUUGAAAACGGCUGAAAAAGAGACCAAAGCCAAAAUAAGGAAGAUUAAUGAACUUCGUGAUCUUAAUUCACAGAUCAUGACCAUGAAGAGCGAAGUCGCCAAAUUAGAAGAAACCUUGCAGGACUACCGGUCAUACAGAAAAUUCCUCUAUCAGCUGUCCCCCAAGGAAUGGUUAAUCGAUCAUGAAAAGAAGCGUUUGGCAGCCAAGGCAGCCAAACAGAAGCUUGAACUUCCAAAGCAAAAGCUGCAGUCUCUUCCUAGUGUGUACAAAGUUAAAAAGGAAUCAGAGGGAGAAGAACGGGAGAUUCAGAAGAAGCAAAGACCAAACAAGACUCCUCCCGUCCCAGUCAGCUUGCCAGCUGUGCCUCUCACUGGCAAUAACUUGACUGAAAAAACAGUCAACUUCAACCAGACACAUCAAGAACUUCUCCAUGAUGCCCGGGUGCCUCCCAAACAGAAUAUGCACCCGCAGUCUGUCAGAAAACAAAGUACUCUGGUCAAGAAUCAAACCGAAACCCAGGAAUCAAACAAUUCUGAAAGUGAAGAUGAGGUUCUAGAGCUGUAUUUCACUGACCCUCAGCAGCUGCUGAACAUCUUUACAGAGCUGGAGGAGCAGAAUCUAUCCCUAAUCCAGAAUUCCCAGGAGACAGAGGAAAUGCUGGAAGAGAUCCAGCAAACCCUGGUCAACACACGGAACAAAAUGGACCGUGAGAUAGACCAGCUAAAGCAGCUGGCCAAGACCCUGAGAGCAUCCAUCUCAAAAGAGGAAGAGAUCGCAGCCGAUCUGCAGCUGAAGUCUCGUGUCUUUUCCUUCGGCGAGUAUAAAGCAGAGCACCAGGAUCGAAUGUUGGACAGUCUGCACAAAAAGGUGGCUGAGGUCUAUCGCCAGUGUGUUGGGGAAAGCGAGUCCAGUCUGGGGACCCUACAAAUGCUUACAGUUAUUGAACACCAACUGGAUGACCUGUUGGAAUGUCUGGAGAAAGUGCCCCAAUCUAAGAUCGAACAGGCUGAAAAAGUCAAGGAGAAGGAACGAAGGAUAAGGAUGAGAGAGGAUAAAAUCCGAAUGCAGAGACAACUGCAAGAGGAGAGACUGCAGCGAGCACUGGCCAGAGCCCAGGCAGAUAUAAAGAGAAAGACUGGGAGAAGACUCUCCUUUCGCUCGGAGCCCCAUACGCUCAAAUACAAACAACGAUCAAAUCACAGCUAUAUGGAUAAGGAGAAGGAAGAACAAAUAUUUUACUUUACUUAAACCUCCACACGCAACUGAGAGUUGGCCAAGUGGCCAGUCUGGCUUUACUCUAAUAAAACAAGUGUUUUACUGCCUAAAAAA